CCUGUAUCAGCUGGUGCGUGCAGCAACCUGAAGGACCAUGGUCUCGCCUUCGUCAGUUCUUCCUAAGGUCGUUGAUGAUGCUAUCGAGGCUACCCCUCGCCGCGCCAAAUGGUGGUACGUCACGUUCCACAACGUCACCGCGAUGGUCGGUGCCGGAGUGCUCAGCCUGCCGUACGCCAUGGCUCACCUAGGAUGGGGCCCCGGGACGGUGGCGCUGCUGGCGUCGUGGGGGAUCACGCUGUACACGCUGCGGCUGCUGAUCGAGCUGCACGAGUGCGUCCCCGGCGUGCGGUUCGACCGGUACCGCGACCUCGGCGCGCACGCGCUGGGCCCGCGGCUGGGCCCCUGGGUGGUCGUGCCGCAGCAGCUCAUCGUGCAGCUCGGCUGCGACAUGGUGUACAUGGUCACCGGCGGCAAGUGCCUGCAGAAGUUCGCCGAGUCGGUCUGCCCGCGCUGCGCGCCGCUGCACCAGUCCUAUUGGAUCUGCAUCUUCGGCUCCUUUCAGUUCCUGCUCUCCCAGCUCCCCAACCUCAACGCCAUCACCGCCGUGUCCUUCGCCGCCGCCGCCAUGUCUCUGAGCUACUCGACCAUCUCGUGGGCGGCGUGCCUGGCGCGCGGGCCGGUGAGCGGGGUCAGCUACGCGUACAAGGCCGGCACGGCGGCGGACUCGACGUUCCGGGUGUUCAGCGCGCUGGGGCAGGUGGCGUUCGCGUACGCGGGCCACGGCGUGGUGCUGGAGAUCCAGGCCACGAUCCCGUCCACGCCCACCAAGCCGUCCAGGGUGCCCAUGUGGAAGGGCACCGUCGCGGCGUACCUCGUCACCGCGACGUGCUACUUCCCCGUCGCGCUCGUCGGCUACUGGACGUUCGGGCGCGACGUCGGCGACAACGUCCUCGUGGCGCUGCAGCGGCCGCCCUGGCUCGUCGCCGCGGCCAACAUGAUGGUGGUCAUCCACGUCAUCGGAAGCUACCAGGUGUACGCCAUGCCGAUAUUCGAGAGCAUCGAGACGGUUCUGAUCACAAGAUUCAGGGUCCCUCCAGGAGUGCUCCUCCGUCUCGUGGCUCGAUCAGCUUAUGUUGCAUUCACUCUGUUCAUCGCGGUGACGUUCCCGUUCUUCGGCGACCUCCUCGGCUUCUUCGGAGGGUUUGGGUUCACGCCGACGUCCUACUUACUCCCCUGCGUUCUGUGGCUGAAGAUCAAGAAGCCCCCGAGGUUCAGCGCGUCGUGGUUCGCGAACUGGGGUUGCAUCGCCAUCGGAGUGCUGCUGAUAUUUGCGUCUACCAUCGGCGGGUUACGGAGCAUCAUCCAAGAUGCGUCGACGUUCCAGUUCUACUCCUGACGCCUGCACGUACGUGACAAAUGCAGAGGAAGAUUGAACAAAUCGAACCUCGCCACGCCGGUACUUGUUUGUCUACGGAGCGUACAAGACCACGCUUACACGAGGAUUCAUCCUGCUUCAACUGUCGAAGCCUAGCUGGAAAAUACGUGACAAAUGAAUCGGCGUGUGGUUCAGCGAUGGGCCUGCUCAGAAUUUGAAUAAACCAUGCGGAUUUCUCCAAGUCGUAGUUGUAACAUGCAGAACAGACAAAUAAUGUUACGAUUGUGAAAUGUGAAUCGAUCUGUCUGCAUCAUGGACCUCAUGGCGCGUACAGAGUACGACUGUACGCAGAUCAGAUGAAUAGUGUCUUCUGUUGUCAGGCUAAAAAAAUGUCUUCGGUUAUAGACCCGGAAUAUAUAAUUAAUAAUUUAAAUACUAAAAAUAUCAUAUAUUU